AUCAUACUGGUUCGACAGUUCGGCACUAUGGUACCAUUGCUAUGAGACGGGCGAGUUGACAGGAGAGGGAUCAGAGACUAUCAUAUGAUACAAACAACAGGAAAAACUUGAUUUCUUACCUGAAAUACGGCCUAGGUUUUAGGAAGACCCGGAAAAACUUCAGGAUCUCAUAGAUCUCAGGGACGACAGUGCCCGUUAUGGCAGAAGUGCGCUCCAGGGGCCAAGCACGAGGGAAAGGAGUUGGAGGUGGAUAUCCGACUCCUAGCUCCCCCGAAAGGAUAUCUAUCUCAGAAACCAGUGCGGAGAAGCUUGUUGGGUGGGUUAUUUAUCCAUAUAAUUCCAUUUGAACUCCUAACCACUGAUUUAUUCAUCGCCUAGACCACGCGUCUCUCAUCCGAUUGUCUCUCCAAACUCAGCGUUUUCGAUUCUACUUGUUGUCCGAUUGCUUUCUGCGGCCUAUGCUACUAUCCCAGAUUGCGACGAGGGUUGGUGUUUGUCUAGGUUUGGAAAAGUGAGAAUAUGGCUGAUUGUUUUUCUAGUCUUUAAUUAUUGGGAACCUACUCAUUACCUUACGCACGGAUAUGGUCUUCAAACGUGGGAGUAUUCACCGGUAUACGCUAUUCGUAGUUGGGCCUAUGUGGGAUUACAUGCCAUUGCCACUAGAGCAAUAUCUUUGGUCCCCCAGCUUGAGAAGACUCAUGAGUUCUACGGCCUGAGGUGUUUAUUUGCUGUGUUUUGUGCGUACUCCGAGAAAAGACUGUACACAGCGGUAUCAUCAAACAUCAACCCAAGAGUCGGAAUUCUGUAUCUUGUACUCACCAUUGGAAGCGCUGGCAUGUUUCAUGCAGCUGCCGCGUUUCUUCCAUCUACCUUUGCUAUGUAUACCACAAUGCUCGGAAUGGCGUCAUUCAUGGAUCGUCGUUGGGGAUUUCGCACUGUUCAAGGUGUUUUCUGGUUUGCGGUUGGGGGACUACUUGGAUGGCCUUUCAGUAUGGCCAUGUGCAUCCCGUUUGUGCUUGAAGAAGUCUUCAUGGGAUGUGCAGCUUGGGGCCUUGUUCCGACUGUUUUACGACUGGUCAAAGGUGGAGUUGUGUCAUUGGUUUUGCUUGUAAGUGACAUUUCUAUAAGUUUAAAAACAUAAAUUAAUUGUUUUGGUAGGCCUCAAUCGUUGGUGUGGAUUAUUUGGCCUAUAGGAAACUCGAGAUAGUCCCUUUAAAUAUUGUUUUUUAUAAUGUUUUUAGCGGAGCUGGAAAAGGUCCAAACAUUUAUGGUACAGAACCGUGGUGGUUUUAUCUAGCCAACCUGGUUCUGAAUUUUAAUAUCCUGCUUCCCAUUGCUCUUGCUAGUUGGCCACUCUUGGUAAGCAGUUUAGACUUCGACUAAUAAUAUAGCUUGACUGAUUCUUGUUUUUGACAGAGCUUGUAUUAUCUUGCCUGCCGAAGCCUAGCAAUUGGUGUUACGCCCCGGAUGGCGUCAAUUUCUCUACCAUUCUACCUUUGGCUUGCUAUUUUUACGGCUCAACCCCACAAGGAAGAACGAUUCAUGUUUGUGGCUUAUCCGGCGCUGUGUAUCAGUGCUGCCGUUUCAUACCAUGUUAUUCUCACUGUCUGGGAAAGUCUCUCGAACCGUCUCACUCGCGGAAAAACACAAGAAUUCCUCAACUGGGCUGUCCCAGCUGUACCUUUAUCGUUGGCAACGAUAGCUUCCAUCAGUCGCGUACUGGCUGUGACUUCGGGGUAUUCUGCGCCGCUGCAUGUUUAUUCCACGUUACCGUCCGACGCACAGGGAUACCUCUGCCUGGCGAAGGAAUGGUAUCGGUUCCCGUCGUCUUACUUCUUGCCGGAUGGUGUGAGGGUAAAAUUUGUCAAGAGCGCUUUUGAUGGGCUCCUGCCCGGCGAAUUUCCCGAAACUGGCGACCCUUGGUCGUGGCCGGGAACAUGGACGAUCCCCUCCGGCAUGAACGAUGAGAACAAAGGGGACCCGUCGAAAUAUGUAUUAACUAGCCUUCCCCAGAAAUCUAUGUAUAAACGGGCUAACAUUUUUGCAGGUGCCCUUGGAAUUAUGUGAUUAUAUGGUAGAAUCCUACUUCAGCCGUCCGGUGGAAGAGUUCGAGCCAGACUACGCCCUAGAUCAAGGGCAGUGGGAGAGUGUAUACUGCGAGAACUUUCUGGACUCUACGCAGACGGGUAUGCUAGGGAGGACGCUAUGGGUACCUGGAUGGGCGCCUGUUAAGAAGAGCUGGGGCAAGUACUGCCUUCUCAAGAGGACAGCUCGGUAGAUGGUGUCACUCUUGCUAUGUGUGACUGGAUUAGGGAUUUAGGUAGUGCGUGUGAGUCUUACGGUGUUUUUUUGUCGGUGUGGUGAACCGCGUAGGGCUGGUGUACCCGAGGGGUCGCAAUAAAUAAACUUUCAUGACCGGUUGCGAGCGAACAGGCAUCACAGCUUGCCUGCUCGGAAGGACGUGUGCCUCCGGAACCCAUGUGGGCAUCUAUGCCUUGCCUGAGGGGGAGCGUACUCAGCUUAGCGAGUGAGCAAUGGUGAUUUACAAUACUUUCCGACGGAUCGUGCCACAGGUGGGAGAUCCAGUCCACCAACUGAACUAUGAGAUGGAAGAACCCAUGGAAUGGAGAAUGGUUAGAAGCGUCCUGUAUAUAUCCUGGUGCGAGGUAGUAUCGCACUGCACUUUCCUAGCCAAUCUUAUCUUACCCCCAAUUUCUAUGAUAAUGGGUUCAGCCUCCGAUUGCGGGUUCCCGGGGGUGUGGGGAAUGUUGUCACCCGACUGGGGCAUGCCCGGGUCCGGAAUAUAUAUAGGGGCAAGUUGGGGGUUAUACACCGGUAGGGUGCCUUAUGGCAUCACACUGGACCACCGUAUCCCUUUCCCCGCUUGUU